AUUUUAUUCGUAUAUAUUUUACAUUGCACCAUCUUUAAAAUAUUGAACACCUACUCUUCUAGUACGAAAUAUACGUAAUUUUUCGUUAAAUAAAGAAAAUGGAUCCAGUUUUUUUGACUGUAGCUAUAAUUAGUGGCUUAGUUUUAAUUAUAUUUACAAUAGCAUUUUUACGGAAAUUUCAAGACCGACCUCAACCUCGAGCCUCUAAGCCCACAGCAGUUGCGCCGCGCGAUGGUGGCCCCAGUAGAGUCCAGGCUGUCAGAAAUCAGAGGGCUCGGAUGAGGGCUAAUGCUGCACGUCACCAAGCAGCCUUGAUUGAAGAGGAGCCUGCGGCAGUAGAAGCAGCAGCAGUUGAAGAAGAGAGUUCUUCUAAUAGUCAGAAUGUAGAGUUUGUGGACAAAAUGGGAGCUAAGAAACGGGCAAAAGUAGAAGCUAAAAUGGAAAAGAAGAAAGCAAAAGAAGCUGAAGAUCAAAUGAGAGAAAUGAGGAAAAUGGAAGAACAGAAGAUUGAAGAAGAAAAAAGAAAACUUGAAGAGCAGAGAGAAGAAGAAGAACGUAAAGCUGAAGAAGCUGAACGAAAAGCAGAAGAAGAACGUAAGAGACGUGAACAAGAGGAAUAUGAAGCGAUGAAGGCAGCUUUUACUGUUGAAGGAGAAGGUUACGACGAAAACGAAGAAGAAGAUAAAGAUAAUAUGCUUAAAGAUUUCAUUGAUUAUAUCAAGGCACAAAAAGUUGGUUUACUUGAAGACUUGGCAGCACAUUUCAAAUUGAAAACUCAAGCUGCCAUAGAUAGAAUAACUGACCUACAGGCUACAGGUGAACUUACCGGAGUUAUUGACGAUAGGGGAAAAUUUAUUUACAUAUCGCAAAAAGAAUUAGAAGAUGUAGCCAAAUUUAUAAAGCAACGUGGACGAGUUUCUAUAACGGACUUAGCUGAAUCAAGCAAUGAUUUAAUUAACUUGAACCCAGUUCCAGUAUCGUAAGAUAUAUUUC